AUUUUUUAUGAUUACCCAUCAUUUUCUCCGAUUUCCCUCUUGGAAACCCCUUGUUUAAUUGGUCAUGAAGUAUGAACCCACGAAGUAGAAAAGUUCAUACUGAGCUGCAAUUCGCAUUUCUGUUUGGAAUUAUAAUCUGAAUCUCUACACCAGAUUGUGAAGCAACAGAACAAUGAGGCAUGGUGGAUCCAGGAAGAAAAGAUCGUCAUCGUUUGCGCGAUAUGUCGUUGUUCUAUGUGCCGUCGGUGCUUCAAUCGGAUUUUUUAUGCUCAAUUUUCUUAUGAGGAUGGAGGCUCGAGAGUCAGAAUCGUCCUCUGAUCAGUUAGGUAAUGGCGACGACGUUGAAGAAAGUCGGGUUCUGAAUGAAAUGGACGGAAGGCGGAGCUGUGCGACGGUGGAGAAGAUGGGAGAGGCCUUCAAAGAUGGUGUCUGGAAGGAAAGCCUGAGAGUAAGAAAAAUUAUUCAAAAUCACUUUUAUUUGAAUGGUGCUUCAAGAGUGCGACAACUUCCUCCGGAGCAGUUUUGCAAACAUGGUUUUGUCAUGGGCAAAUCUUCAGAGGCAGGCUUUGGGAAUGAGAUGUACAAGAUUCUAACUGCUGGAGCUUUAAGUAUAAUGCUGAACAGAUCCUUGAUUAUUGGGCAAACCAGGGGCAAGUUUCCAUUUGGGGACUACAUUUCUUAUUCCGAUGUCACGUUUACCAUGAAAGAAAUCAAGCAUUUGUGGAGACUUAAAGGUUGUAUUAGGAAAUUCAAUAGGCAUUUGAUUAUGCGAACUGAUGAUUUUGAAAAGCCUGCACAGACAAAUGUUCUAUGUAGUAAUUGGAAGGAAUGGGAGCAUCCUAUCAUAUGGUUCCAAGGUACAACAGAUGCUGUGGCUGCUCAAUUUUUCUUGAAGAAUGUACAUCCCGCCAUGAGGGCCGCUGCUUCUAAUUUGUUUGGACAUCCAGAGCUUUUGGAAUCUAGACCUAAUGUAUUCGGAGAGCUGAUGAGAGUUCUUAUAUCUCCGUCAAAGGAUGUUGAAGAAGCGGUGUUCUCAGUUCUUAAAAGUGGGGAUGAUCCUGAUAUUUCAUUGCACAUGAGGAUGCUUAUGAAUAGGUCUGUGAGAGGCUUACAGGCUGCAUUGCAGUGCAUCAGAAAAGGCAUACGCAAUCUAACCACGAACUCGAAACCCAGAUUGGUUUUAGUAUCAGAUACCCCAAAUUUUGUAAAAAGUAUUGUGCCCAUGCUAGGUGAAUUUGCAGAGGUUAUUCAUUUUGAUUAUGAACACUUCAGAGGAAUCAUUUCUGGAACGCACGAUGAAUUUCAUAAAUUGGAUUUCAGAGUGAAGGACUGGGGCCCGUCACCAAGAUGGGUUGCCUUUGUGGAUUUUUUUCUUGCAUCCCGUGCCAAGCGUGCUGUUAUUUCUGGUGCUCACAGGCGUGUAGGUACUACCUACGCUCAGCUAAUCGCAGCACUGGCUGCAGCACACAAUCUCGACAAUCUCGGGAACAAUUCUACUGGUCCAGACUUCUUCUUCUUGAGUAGCUUCCAAAGUAAUUUGUUGAGAGAAGGUUUAAAGAACCAGGUUGGCUGGGGUCAUAUCUGGAACAGAUUUGCAGGUCCUUUAAGCUGCCCUAGCCAGCCUAACCAGUGUGCCUUAACCCCUCUUCUCCCUCCAGCAUGGUGGGAUGGACUUUGGCAAUCUCCCAUUCCACGAGAUAUCAAAAGAAUGGAAAAUUAUGGAGUUCAUUUAUCGGGCUUUGGCACGAUUGAUGAAGACAGCCUUCGAUCGUUCUGUAAUGCAAAGAAGAAUGUUGUGAGGACUCCCCCUUUCAUAUUAUAGUCAUUUUAUGCUUCUGGUUUGUCCUGUAAGCUUUAUAACUAACAUAGUUCUUGUAACUUUUGCCAAACUGUGCUUAUUUUGUCAAUUUUGCUCAGUCCAGGAAUUUGUUUCUGUUAAAUCAAAUUGCCGAGUAAUGUCUUCUUGUAUUUAUUGGGUCAUUUGAUUUACAAAACAAAGUCUUAUAUGCUGUCAAGAGAGUCCAAUUUCAUUUUCAGUCGAUACCAUUGGAUCAAAUAUGCAUAAGCCGGCAUUUUCCCUUUUUGCUCC